GACGUGGCGACGGGAGGUUGCAUGGCGCAGUGCUUGACAUUUCCAAGUGAGAAUUUGCCCUUUUCCCCGCUAUGUAGGCCGUGAUAUACCUUCUCCUGUGUUAUAAUUAAUGCGUUGUUAGAUGGCGAAGUCAGCAGAGGACGGAGAGGAGGUGUUUGCUGUAGACGACUCUGAAGACACGCUGGAAUUGGAUGUCCUUGUGGGCCACAUAGAGAACAUUAUUUUGAGUGACGAGUUUGUAGCACUAAGGGAGAGCUUUAUGCAAGAACACUGCCACAAGUUCGAGGAAGCCGAGGAGAACAAGCUGGAAUACACAGACAUUUUCACACAAUACACAAAGCUGAUUGAAGGCCACAUAGAGAGAGAGUUGUUGAGCAGAGAAAAGGGGUUUAACAUGAAUGCCUUCCAGGAAUUGAUAAGCAAGAGUGAAGCCAUUGACGGAGAGGUUUUCGAUCUACUGCUAACUUUCACAGACUUUUUGUCAUUUAAGGAUGCCAUGUUAGAGACCAAAAAAAGUACAGAAGAUGGAUCUGCCAGAUUACAGGACCUGCUCCAAGUAACACGAUUGAGUUCUUAGAAGGAUAUUGAUGAAUGCCGGACCAACAUUUUUUCAAAGUGCAAUUGGUAAUGUAGUUAAGAGUUUUACAGGUGGAAGGGGAGAGUGAGAAAUAAAAACAAAAACCCUGAAAAUGCCAAAGGUUGUAAGCUUUCCAAAAGGGAUAUUUAUGUAAGAGAAAGUCCUCCGUACCCAUUUCAAUUUUAAAGUAAGUGGGAAUUAAGACCUCCCCAUUCCACCCAGAUGCCAUGUCACUGUUUGUAAUGUAUUGGGUUUGCUGCUGUGUGACUGUGAUAUGGAAUCAAAUAGGCAUGUAUUUGAAAGCUGUAGUUGAGAGUACUGUUCAUUACUUAUAGAAAAUUACCAAUGAUUCUCAAACUGAAUUUUUAACAUGGAUGUGAGAUGAUGUGUGAAUUAUUUGUUGAAAUGUGAUUAUAGUGAUGCACAGUAAAAAAAAAUAAUUCCUUAAAUUUCUUAUUUUUAUUUAAGAGGGCUUUGGUGUAGGUUGGUGUACAAGCUAUGUGUACUUGUAGAGCAUUUAUACUGAGAUUUCAGAAUUUCUUUCAUCAUUGCUUGGUAGUUUAUUAUGCAACUAUUUUUAGAGUGAAAAAAUAAAUGAUAGAAAUUCCCUUCUGUGAAAGUUCAGAAUUUUUUAAGCAUUAUGUUUCAAACCAACAACAACAUAUUCCUAGAUAUUUGGUUUUGAUAUAAAUAUUUUCUUGUAUAUCACCUAUCUUUUUUUCUAAAACUCAUGGCCAAAAUCAAAGCUUUCUAAAAAAAAAAAUGAGUAAGAUAAAUUGUAAGAAAGUAAUUGUACAGUGAGCUAACCUCUUGUCUUUUCUUUAGUGUCUUGGAAAGCAAAUUAUUAUCACCAAUUGUGGACCACUUUCAUAGAAUACAGUGUUAAAAGACCUGUCAGUCACUAUAUGGUAAAGUAGCAAUUAUGAUACAUUUAUGAAAAUAGAGCUACUAUAUUAUUAGUUCUAGACAUUCUUUAAUGAAUUUGCAACAAUAUGCUCUAGAUUUUAUAUUUUGUCACUUCAUAUGUGUAAUUGCAUGUGGCAUGAAAAUUCAGAGGAGAUUUGAUCAUGCAGUAAAAUUUGUAAUGAAAUGUAUUUAUUAUGAAUGAAUACAUAGUUUUUUUUUCUAUAUGUGUGUGAUAAAAAAAAAUAUGCUUAAUGAUGACUGAGGACCAUAUAUAUAUAAGUCUUGUCAAAAAUAUGAUAUCACACUGAUAAAUAGUAUAGCAGCUGUGUUACGAUGUCAAGAACCUACUUUAUGGCUCUUGAACUAUGCAGUAGAAUAAUGAGUCUUAUUAACACAAUGACAAUGGAUUAAUGUACUGUCCCCUGUAGUUUUUUGUAAAUUUUAUUACAUACAGAUGGCUCCACAUGUGCUCAGCCACCAAGGAGUCUAUCAGUAGGCCCUUGUUACUGCACUUGAUUUCUUUAUUCCUUGAACUUGCAAAAAAAUGUGUUUUUCUUUGAUUUGAUAUUAUGAUUAUUAAAUUGUUAUUGUAAUAUUUAUAACAUUAAAGACAGUAAUAUAAUACAAAAGAAGCUUUCCAAAAAUCAAGGAAAAGGGUAAACAAGUGAAAUUAGCAAGACUAAUAACUGACUUUUUGAUAACUAAACACUUGUAGAGCCAUCUGUUUGUAACGACAAUAGUUGAACUGGUAUUACAGUGGGCAUGGCAUGUAUUCCUGCCGUCCAUGCUGACUGGGUUGAAUAAAUGGUGUAACACAUUCACCUCUGUGUAAUGAGGUCUUAAGGUAACUUCAUUUGCGAUUGUAAUAGGUCAGCAGAAGCCUUUGCUACUUAUUUUCUAACACUGUGAAUUCUAGUUUAGCAGCAAAAGUAGGUUUGAUUUUCAAUAAAUUAAUAAGUCAAUAGAUAAAUGAACAAAUCAAUAAAUAAGUGAAUAAGAGAGA